CCUCCCGCUACUUUCAGCUGUCACUUCAGGAAGCGCAGAGGCCAGUUGUUUAGAAAAUGGAGCCCUAUUCCUGUGAUACAUUUGUGGCAUUACCCCCAGCAACAAUUGAUAAGAGGAUUAUUUUUGGAAAAAAUUCAGACAGACUCUGUGAUGAAGUACAAGAGGUAGUUUAUUUUCCUGCUGCAGUUCAUGAUAGCAGAGAACCUCUUAAGUGUACUUAUAUAGAAAUUGAUCAAGUUUCGGAAACAUAUGCUGUUGUCCUUAGUCGCCCUGCUUGGUUGUGGGGGGCAGAAAUGGGAGCCAAUGAGCUUGGAGUUUGCAUUGGGAAUGAAGCUGUAUGGGGAAGAGAAGAAGUUUGUGAUGAAGAAGCACUACUGGGCAUGGACCUUGUCAGACUUGGCCUUGAAAGAGCUGACACAGCUGAAAAAGCCCUCAAGGUCAUUGUUGAUUUGUUAGAGAAAUAUGGCCAGGGUGGAAACUGUACAGAGGGAAGGGUGGAAUUUAGUUAUCACAACAGUUUCCUGAUAGCUGAUAGGAAUGAAGCCUGGAUUCUGGAGACUGCAGGGAAGCAUUGGGCAGCAGAAAAAGUAAAAGAGGGAGUUCGUAAUAUUUCUAAUCAGCUUUCUAUAACAACCAAGAUUGACCAAGAACAUCCAGACAUGAGAAACUAUGCUAAGCAGAAAGGAUGGUGGGAUGGUAAAAAGGAAUUUGAUUUUGCUGCAACAUAUUCUUAUCUUGACACAGCCAAGAUGAUGACUUCAUCAGGCAGAUACUGUGAGGGCUACAAGCUUCUGAAUAAACACAAAGGAAACAUAACAUUUGAAACAAUGAUGGAAAUUCUCCGAGAUAAACCAAGUGGCAUUAAUAUGGAAGGAGAAUUCCUGACCACUGCAAGCAUGGUUUCUGUUUUACCUCAAGAUUCCAACCUUCCUUGCAUUCACUUCUUUACGGGGACUCCUGAUCCUGAGAGAUCAGUUUUUAAGCCUUUCAUAUUUGUGCCACAUAUUUCACAACUGUUGGAUACCAGUUCACCAACAUUUGAACUUGAAGAUCCAGUUAAAAAGAAGCUGCACUUAAAGAGUAAGCCUGAUAGAAGACACCCACUCUACCAAAACCACCAACAGGCUUUGGAAGUAAUAAAUAAUAAUGAGGAUAAAGCCAGAACAAUAUUGGAUAACAUGAGGAAGCUGGAGAAAGAACUAUUCAAAAAGAUGGAGUCAGUCCUCCAAAACAAGCAUCUUGAUAUGGAUGAAAUUGCUAAUCUCUUUCCUCAGAGUACAAAAGAUGAAAUUAGAAUUUAUAAGGCAAAUAUUACUUCAUAGUGAGUGAUCAUAGAAAUGGUGGAAAUCUCCCUUAAAGUCAGAAUCCAUUGUCUUGAGGUAAACCUACUUAGCUAUUAUUCUUUAAUAGCAUUCAAGUGAUAGUUCAACUGUUAAAACUCAUAUAGUUUUGCUGAGAUACUGACAAAGAAAACAUUGGAACCAAACACAUAUAUCAUGGGGUAGCUAGGUGUUAUUCCAGGCAAUUAUUUCUUUUAGCCACAAUAACUUUUUUUUUUGUCACAAUAAUUAAGUACUCAGGUGCUGGGGCUGAGGCUCAGUGAUCCAGCA